UCUAAUGCUUAAAUUUUAACGCUUACCAAUAAAAUCUAAAUAGCUCGAUUUAACCGAAAAUAAUAAUAUUCAAGUCGAGUAAUAAAUAAUACAGGCAAAAUAAAAAAAACAAGACGUUGAAAUCGAACUGACAAAGCUGAACCGGUUGAACCACGUUAUGAAAAAAAGGUCGAUCCAAUCCGGUUUAACUUUUUCGGCAGCACUGGACAAGAAAUCAAAAUCAAUCAAACAAAUCAAAGGGAAAAAAAUCUAAAAACUAAAAGCGCAUUCGCGGGGAGAGUGAGAUCAUCUUCUUUCUAUCCAGAAAUUUAUAUAGUUCUCAUUUCUCAUAGCGAAAACCCCCCAAAAACCUUUCGAUUUUUCUUCCCAAUUAAUCCUAAAAUGUCCGUAAAAUCCCACAUAAUUACAGGAUUGACCCUCCCCUUGAAACCCACUGCUUCUUCUUCUUCAAGCUCCAGUAGUAGUGGCAGUCUCUGUUUAGUUAAGAGACCGCUCACCUCUUCCUUCCUCAAUGGCGGAGUGGCUGCCCUAAAAAUUACAAGCAUAAGUAUCCUUCCAGGAAGAUCUCAUUGUCACAGGCAAGGUGGAGGUGCCCUUGGUACACGCAUGAGCCUUUUUGAUCGGUUUGCUAGAGUUGUUAAGUCAUAUGCAAAUGUGCUCUUAAGUUCCUUUGAAGACCCAGAGAAAAUCUUAGAUGAAGCUGUGCUCGAAAUGAAUGAUGACUUGGUGAAGAUGAGACAUGCCACAGCACAAGUAUUAGCAUCUCAAAAGCGGUUGGAAAAUAAGUACAAAGCUGCACAGCAGGCUUCUGAAGAUUGGUACCGUAAAGCACAGUUGGCUCUUCAGAGAGGAGAAGAGGAUCUUGCACGUGAAGCCCUCAAGAGGCGUAAAUCUUCUGCUGAUAAUGCUAGUUCAUUGAAAGCUCAACUUGAUCAACAGAAAAGUGUAAUUGAGAAUCUUGUCUCUAACACACGGCUUCUGGAGAGCAAGAUACAAGAGGCAAAGUCAAAGAAAGACACUUUGAAAGCUCGUGCUCAGUCUGCAAGAACUGCAACAAAAGUAAAUGAGAUGGUGGGAAAUGUCAACACCAGCAGUGCUUUAGCAGCUUUUGAGAAGAUGGAAGAGAAAGUUAUGGCAAUGGAGUCUGAAGCAGAAGCUCUUGGGCAGUUAACCACUGAUGAUCUUGAAGGGAAGUUUGCAUUACUUGAGAGCACAUCGGUUGAUGAUGAUCUUGCAAACUUGAAAAAGGAACUCUCUGGCAGCACACUGCUCUGUCUGCUCGUUGGGUGAAGAAUCAGAUUCAGAAUUGACUGACCAAAAAAUAAGAAGAAAAGGAAAAGGAAUCAUAAUUGACUGAACAUUCAGAAUUGCUCUGCGCAUCGUGUUUUUCCUUUCCCUGGUCUGUUUUGGCAACUAGAAAGUGAUAGUAGCUUGAGGAGAAGGAAAAGAAAUUUCCCUUUGGUUAAAACCUCAAAAGUUGUUCUCCAGCUGUGAGCCAAGGAGGAACAGUCUUGAAUUUCAACCUUCUGAAAGGUUUUAAUUUUUCAUUUUCCUAUUCUUCUGACUAACAGAAAGGAGAGCUUCCACCUGGAAGAACUGUUUCUGCCAGUACAAACAAGACAUUUCCAUAUCGAGAUGCUGAGAUUGAGACAGAACUUAAUGAAUUGAGGCAAAGGGCA